AUGUCUAUCGACGUUUCGCCGAACUCGCGCCAGGUUUUGAAGGCAACUCGCCCAACGCCCAUGACACCAUUCGUCGGUCGCACUUUACUUCGUAACAAAUUCUACAAACGCAUCUUGGCCAACGGACUCAAGCUUGCUUUCGUCUUUACGGUUCUUCCGAAAUUUUUCGGAACCAUGGCUUGGAGGUCCAGUGGCACGAGCAAUGCCAAUCUGGUCGAUAACCUGUACAAAAAUGGUAUAAUUGAAACAGAAAAAGUUCGCGACACAAUGAAAAACGUUGACAGAGGACAUUUCUCAAAGCGGAACCCAUAUGCUGAUUCCCCACAGACUAUUGGUUAUGGAGUCACAAUUAGUGCUCCACACAUGCAUGCCUAUGCACUGGAAUUAUUGCGAGAACAUUUGAAAGAGGGAAGUCAUGCUUUGGAUGUUGGCUCAGGAAGUGGCUACUUGACUGCAUGUAUGGCAUUAAUGGUUGGUUCAUCUGGAAUGGCAGUUGGCAUUGACCACAUAGAUCAACUUGUACAAAUGUCUGUUGCAAAUGUGAAAAAAGAUCCUAAUCUGGCUCGAUUGCUUGAAACUGGGCAACUGAAACUAGUUACAGGAGAUGGGCGACAAGGCCACAAAUCUGAUGCUCCCUAUGAUGCAAUUCAUGUAGGUGCUGCGGCUGCACAACUACCGGAAGCGCUGGUUGAACAGUUGAAACCUGGUGGCCGUUUGGUAAUCCCAGUGGGAGGCCAAGGUGAGAACCAGAUGCUACAGCAGAUUGACAAGUCACUUGAUGGCACUGUCACCAAAAAGAACCACAUGGGAGUUAUUUAUGUACCACUGACUAGCAAAGAAAAGCAAUGGCCCAAAUAA